AAUUGUUGCUGAUGGAACUUACUUGCAACUUUUCACACAUGAAAGCAAGUGACAGCUCUUUAUGUGAACCAAGAUUGGUCAAUGAAUUGGUUUGGUUUUGGUUUUAAUGGCUUUGGUCAAAUAAGGCCGGCAGAUGCGAGUGAACAGGUAACAUGUAAAGUGAAAAUACCAGUCCGGAUAUCAGAUGUGUGCAGAUCAUGUAGAGUCACAGGCAGCUGGAGCUCCAGAGCUGAUGUGCAUCAUACAGACUCUGGCAGUCAUGUGUGUGUGUCAGGAUUUGUUUCUGGUUCAUCAGAAGAGGACUGCAGAAGUAUUUUUCCAGAGAGUCAGGGCUGCACAGAUGCUCUCAUCAGUGAAAGAUACCUGACGCUCAACUUCACAGACAGAGUGGAAUGCUGGGAAAUCCAGCACACACAAAACAAGCUUGUGUGGAAGAGAGAGCAGGACCUCUCGGACAAUACCGGACCUUCUGUUACGCUGCCGUUGGUGUCAGGCGGGUACGUCAUGCCCAAACCUCCUUUUUUCCUUCCUCUCUGCUCUAAACUCUGUGCCGUGAGCCUGGCGUUGGGCUCUGAACACGCUGUGCUGCUGACGUCGGACGGGACUGUGUAUUCCUGGGGAUCUGGAAGUCAUGGUCAGAUGGGUCACGGCGCUCUGACAUCACAGGAGGAGCCUCAGGUAGUGGAGGCUCUCUGGGGCGUCCCAAUCAAAGCAGUGUCUGCUGGGAACUGGCACUCCGCUUCCAUCAGCACUGGUGGCGACCUGUAUAUGUGGGGAUGGAAUGAAAGCGGGCAGCUCGGUCUGCCAUCUAGAGGCCUGGAAGAGGAAAAGCUCAGACGAAAAAGCUGUGGAAACAGUGAGCAUCUAAAUGAAGAUGAAAAGAAGCAAGCGGAUGUGUUUAUUUCUAUUCAAGCAUUCCCUGCUUUAGUGGACGUCCCUAAUGUGUCAGAGAUCAGCAAGAUCAGCUGUGGAUCCCGUCACACAGCAGCCGUCACCGGCACAGGGGAUCUGUACACCUGGGGAUGGGGUCAUUAUGGACAGCUGGGACAUGGCACUGAAAAUAGCACAGAUGAGCCAACACUGGUGGAUUACUUCCCUAGCCAUCGAAUGUGCGUUAAAGAUGUUGUUUGUGGGUUAUGGAACACUUUUGUGUUUGCUGUGCCAAAAGAACAACCUCCGUCCUGA